CAGUAACGAAGCGGAUUUCGCGGAUAAGAUGGCAAAACAUAUUCAGGAUUACCUAAACAAAGAUAAACCGCCGAGAGAAGAAAAUCCUAAACCCCAAGGAAAAAGAGAAGAAAACGUUAAGCCCCAAGGAAAGGGAGGAGACAACCCUAAUCCUGAGGAAGGCUCUAACAUGGCAUCAAGCAGUAUCAAACCAGGAAAACAAUGCCUGAAGUAAUUGGAGGAAAAGCUUGAUGUCGACUGCAAUGACGACGAAACUCGUUUUGUUGGAGUUGUUGGUAUGGCUUGAAUUGGCAAAACUUAUAUGGCCGAGUGAUCUCUAUAGCUUGAAUCCUUGUAAUUCCUAUUACAUGUAUACAACAACAAUUUUAUUAUUUAAUGUCACAUCCACAGAGACUAAAGUUGCAAUAUACUUUUAUAAGAAUGUA